AUGACAGAACGAGACCAGAAUCAGAAUUCAGCCCCUCCAAGCAACCCGCAACCUGAAGUGGACGGCAGCGAAGAAGACAAACAUGCCCACAUCGAACUUCCGGCCCCCGAGUCUACAAAGCAACAGUCUUCCUCUUCAGCGCCUCUCGUCAACAGCAAUGGCUGGGAUGGAAAACUGCGUAUGCCCCCUCGCAACGCUGUCUUGAGCAAUCCCGAAAUCCUCUCCGAUCCCGACUACUCAGACCCGGAUGCCCCUCCUGUCGAGCAAAUUGAGGCCGACGAGGACCUGUUGGAUGAUUACCCGCUCGACUCCGAGGACGUUGACCUGGUCCAUUGCCGCAUAUCUUCCCUCCCUGCCCUCAAACUCGAGCGCUUCACGCAGUUGAAAAGGCUGUGCCUCCGCCAGAAUGCGAUUACAAAUAUCCUUCUGCCCGAAAACCUGGGAGAGACACUUGAAGAGUUGGAUCUGUACGACAACCUCAUCUCGCACCUCAAAGGGCUCGAAGACCUGAAAUGUCUCAAGUCACUGGACUUGUCUUUCAAUAAGAUCAAGCACAUUAAACAUGUCAACCACCUUCACACCCUCACCGAGUUAUACUUUGUCCAGAACCGCAUUUCCAAGAUCGAAAACCUGGAGGGUCUCUCGAACUUGACCAUGAUCGAGCUGGCUGCGAAUCGCCUGCGUGAGAUCGAAAACCUGGACACCUUGACCCAGUUACAGGAACUUUGGCUGGGCAAGAACAAGAUCACCGAGAUCAGGAAUCUCUCCCCUCUCAGUAACCUCAGGCUAUUGGACUUAAAAUCUAACCGUCUCACAUCAAUAAGCGGACUCUCCGACCUGACGAACCUAGAGGAACUCUACGUCUCUCACAACGCCAUUUCUUCCAUCCCUGCAGAUGCCCUAUCCAACAACAAAAAGCUCCGUGUCCUGGACAUCUCCAAUAACCAAAUCUCGCACCUCGAAAACAUUUCUCACCUGACAGAAUUGGAAGAAUUGUGGGCGAGUUCGAACCAGCUGAGCGACUUCCGAGAGGUUGAGAACGAGCUGCGGGACAAGGAGAGUUUGGAGACGGUAUACUUCGAAAUGAACCCCUUGCAGUUGCAGGGGCCGGCGGUAUACAGGAACAAAGUGAGGCUAGCUUUGCCGCAAGUAAAGCAGAUAGACGCUACUUACGUCAAAGUCUGA